UUAGUUUAAAGAAAAUUAUAUGACUAUUCGAUCAGUAGAAAAGUCAUCAAGGACAAUGAUUUUAUGCCCAUUCUUUACAUAGCUCCUGAUAUAUGGAACUGUCUUUCAGAAGGGAUUUAUGAAACAGCUGUGCGACAUGGAGGUGUUGGAAGUGGGCAUACUGGUUUCUAUCCAUCUGGGUUCAUCAACGAGUGUGCCAAAAUGAUUAAAUCUCACCCAAAUGACAUAUCGGAUCAAACUAAGCUCGCCUUGAUGAAAGCUGAAUAUUUGAAAAGAAAUUAUGAUGGGCGAGUGUAUGCUAAGGGGCGCAAUCUAACCAUCACGCUUCGUAAGGCCUAUGAUAGAUCUCUUGAAGAGGUUAACAUCAUUGCCAUGCCAACCAUACCGUUUACUCCGACAAAACUCUUAACUAAAGAUGAUUCUCUUCCAGAAUAUCACAGACGAGCUUCUGAGGUGAAUAUUAACACACAUCCAUUUAACUUAACUGGUCAUCCUGCCCUUAGCGUUAACGCAGGGUAUCUAAGAAACUUACCAGUCGGACUCAUGUUGGUUGGUAGACACUAUGAUGAGAUCACUAUCUUCAAAGUCGCACAGGCAGUGGAGAAAAUCAGAGACGAAACAGCUUCAAAAAGCGGUUGCCUUAUGCCAUGAAGGAAAUAUGAAUAAAUGGGCGUGAAAUUUUCAAGUUGAUCUGACAGUACAGAGAAGAAAGUUGAAAAGGGUCGCCAAAAGACGAAUACUAUUCAUAUUUAAAAAAAAAUCAAUAAUAGAAACACCAAUAAGUUUCGAACUGAUUGGAUUAUACAUUUCAGGCUCACUUCCUGAGAUCUGGAAAGACCUUUGUAUACUGGGACAAUAUUUUUAUUGUAUAUCCGUGUUUUAUUUUCGUCACAUUGCUUAACAUUCUGUAUGUUUUUUCCUGCAUUUUUUUUUUUACAAAGAAACCUCCUCAAAAUGAUUGUAUUUAUUGUCAUAUAAUAAAGCCGACUAAAUCGCUCUUGUAUCGGUCAAUGCCGUGACGUUGUCUGGAGCAAUAAUUGUAAUAAUAAUAAAAAUACCGUAAAUUUUUUAAACAGAAAAUUCAAUAUAACAGAAAAUGGGACUUAGAGAUCAAAAUAACAUUAAAACUGGAUAUUCCAUCCUGAAAAUAUAUUUGAAUGCAACGAUUUGAAAAUUAAGCUAUGAUGAAAAAUGAAAUCGAUUUCUAGUGUGUAUGAGACUUAUUAAUUUGUUUACCUUUUUAUAUCAUGAUUCCAUAUUAUCCUUCCCAUAUCAAAUGAUUAUGUCUUCAUGACACACUUAAAUUGGUGAUUUUUUAGGUGUCAUUUUUACUGACUCACCACAUGAAUUGUAGAAUUAUUGGGAAUAAAUGGGAAUAACUGGAACUUUAUUGCACAACAAAUAUUGCUAGAGAUGUUGUACAUUUGUUAAAUUUUCUCACAUAAACUCCCGACGGUGACAGGACCGUCGAAAAUUCGAGUUCAAUAAAUGCUUUUUUGGCGAAAAACGCUCACGAGUUCACCUCUAUUUUGUUAUCAUUUGAGGUAGGAGGCAAAAUACGUAAAUACGCAACGCACACCCUCACACACCCCCCUGUUGUACAUUCUAAAUUAACAGCACUGAAAAAGGAGAAGGUGAACUAUGUUAGAAAUGUCAAACUCCCAACUUGGUUGUCAUUAAUCCCAUGAGUUGUAUAUCAUAUAUAAAGAAAAGCCCCGGGGGGGGGGGGGCAGUCAAAUAUAUUGCUGUACACACGUGUGACCAAGGAAUUUCCAAACAACCCCUAAACGAGUUUUUCUCUGUGUGCAAAAUAACCCCCUAAAUAAGGUUUUCGCAGGCUUUAUUAACACAAUUUGGCCCCUAAACAAAUUGUCGCCAAAAUAUGACCCCAGGGAAAAAGUUUGGGGGAAAAACAUACCUUAAACACGUUUGGCUAGUCUUUAAAAAAAAAAGCUUUGGGAGAAAAAAACAUACCCUAAAUACGUUUGACCCCGUGAUUGACCAUUGACCAGUCUUUCAAAACCACCCUGUUUCUUGAAAAUCGGUGUUUUUGAUACCCUUAACGAGUCCACGCGCGGACCGCGUCC